AUGGCGGACGAGUUAAAUAAAAACCGAGUCACUCCAACAGGCCGUGGUUGGCGGCGGCGGAGAGGGUGAGGCGGCGGCGGGUUGGGCAAGGCCGAGCUAAGCAGCCGCGCCUCUGUCUAUUUAUCCAGGCCCGGCCUGGUUCCGGCAGAGGCGCUGCUCUGGGAGGCCGAUGGGCGGCAGUACCAGGCCGGCAUCAGGGCGAUGGGGACGGUAGAGGGAGACAAAGCCCCGCUCCCCAUCGGCGGCGCCGCGGCGGGUCCCAGCCCGAGCCCCAUCGUGACACCUAGAGGCCGGAGAAAGCGACUGCAAACCCCCCGCGCUGCUUACCUGUCCCGGAGGCGCCUCCGGGCCGCCCCUGCUGCCCCGGGCCCCGCCCCGCUCGGGCCCUGCGGAGCUCCUACUGCCGCUGCCCCGCCGCUAGCGGCCGCCGCCAGCGCCCAGCACCAGCUCGCGGUUUAAUCGUUCCACAGUCGCCUCGGACACAAAAUGGCGGCCGAGAGGAACAGUGCGCCUGCGCCAGCCCGGCAGCCGCGGCCGCCGAAGCCGAGCGAAGGGAGGAGGGAGCGGGAGAAGCGGCCGCGCGGAGCACCAUGGGAGGAGCCGCUGGGCGCCAACUUCAAAUAGAGGACCUAGAAGGGCCGCGGCGGACGUGAGGGCGGGUGGCGCUGUGACGUCACGCGCGGCCUGGGCCGAGGGUGCAGAGCACUUGCACGUUGCAAGCGCGGGCAAAGGGAUUGGUUCCGCGGUGUGGCGCCCUCUUGAGGUGACGUUGGCCCUGUUGCCACCUGCCGAGAAAGGAAUAUCUCUGUCAACGGGCGGGGGUGUCACGGGCGUCGUGUUGGUAUAAUCAGGAGCAAAUUGGUGCAAACGUGUCCAGAAGCAAAAUAGGCGUGCUUGGAUAUGUAAGUUAACUGCAGCUUGUCAGAGGCAGUUUGUGAUUGCACACCUUUGCCUCAAAAUAGAGAUGCCACUUAUUUUUAUAUUAGGAUUAAACCUUUAAGAAUCCCUUAGUAGGCAGAAAUUCAACAGGCAAAGCUGCCACCUGUCAGUUUAUAACUGUGGUGAGAAAUACUGCUGUCCUUUUCAAUUUGAUGCACAGCCAUCAAAGCCCUGAUACCCAAAAGAGCAGGGGGUGGGGUGGGAUCUACAAUCUUUUAAAUCUUUUAAAUUUUUAAAGAUCUACAAUCUUUAAAAGUCAUGGGGAUGUUUGCUUUACACAUCUCAUUUGUCUUAUUUGAAAGGCAUAGUAAAUUGAAUUGACCCUAACCAGGGAAAGGGUCACAACAGGUGGGUUGAUGUCCUUUCAAAGUCCUUACAGUAUUUGUUAGGAUAUGUACCGUACAUGGAAUGUAGGUAAACUAACUGCAACCCACCCCAAUUCUUAGUGAAGGGUUCCCGCCUCCUUGAAAUGUCUAAGAGGAGAGCAGUUUGUAGUUGAAAGUGAUUAUCAGAAAUUCAGCAGAAAACGUACUAAAGAGAUUUGCUUGUGUCCCAUUCCACAUUCAGGCAGUUAGAUUUUACUUUAAAAUGGUGCUUGGUUUCUAAAAUGGGAAGUAGCUCUAUCUAGAAUCCCCUUACCUGUCCUUAUGGAGCCAGUGGAUUAUCGUUAUUCAGAGUGUUCCUUGCUGCAUAUGUAACAUGAGUGUAGUGACUAUAAUAUGUUUGGUGGUUGUUUUUAAACACAUUUCUUCUACUUUAAUAGUAUUUAUAUACCUCCCCUCACCACCAAAAUAUCCUCUAUAUAUCUCUAAUCCCUAUUCUUUAAUUAAUCCUAGUUCUUUAAUUGGAGCUGUGGUAAUUUUUGUGGCCUUGCAGCAGAAGGUGCCAUCUUGAAGGGAAACAGAGUUUUCUACAAAAGAACAGUUCUCUCCUAGAAGAAAUCAACAUUUUUUUUUUAUUAGUUACAUUUAUAUACCACCUUUAUCUUCCAAGAAUCUGAAGGUGGUGUACAUUGUACUCUUCCCCAUUUCAUCCUCACAAAAACCCUGUGAGGUAGGUUAGGCUGAGAGGCAGUGACUGGCCCAAGGUCACCAGUGAGCUUCAUGGCUUUCACUAUGCAUCUGUCACCUGUCUUCCUCUCUUGGCAAAAAAGAGGAUGACUAUGUCUGGGUCCAACCCUUUAUCUCCAGUUCCAGGGCAACCAUCAGGGUCCCAACAUCACUGAUACCUGCCCUGAGUUCCCCUUUGUUUUUUGUGGGCCAACACAACACCCCUGACAAAGUGCUGUUACAAGGUAUUGAGGGAAAUUAACAUGGUAGCUAGUCCCUGCCAUCCAGCAUUGCUGAAAGCAUCACUGUUGCUGCUGCCAACCAUUACUGACAGGUAUGCCUGCUAGGGCAUAUUGACGGGGGGUAGGGCGGGCACUAGAAUGAAGAAUGCAUAGGACCACCCCUACCUGGGGCUGGCCCUUUCCAGUUUCCUCUCAAAUGACAGCUUCAGGAAAAUCUCCCCACUUCCAUCUGCUUACACCAGCUAAAAACAGCUAGGGAAAGAUUUAAUGCUGAGCAUAGGCAGUGAUCCUCCAUAAACCUGCUGGCCAAGAAAUCCCCAAACAUCUAUUUCUGGAUUUGCUGGAUGGCCAUUUUACUCUUGGUGGACCUCAUGGGAAGCAUGACUCAAUUCUUCCCACUAGAAAACCAGACAGCAGCAAUGAUAGAUGUUGGAAAUCGUUUGCCUUGUAUGAAUUGUCUCAGGCUUUGCAGGUGCCUGUGGGUACUUUAACAAUCCCGUAGUUAACAGGGUAGCAAUGUUAACAGAAUGUGUGCUCUCUCUCAAAAGGUAUUUUAUUCUUUGUAUGGGAGAGGCAGGUACAAGUACAGCUGAACGUAUGUAGCUUACACUGAUUUCUCCUACAUCACAACUUGUAUGUGGGCAGUGGAUAAAUAAAUGGAGAGCAGAGAAAACCCACUGCAAAAAUAUCUUUUUAAGCCUUCCAUUUUGCUUAUUGGGCUCUGGGAAUGUUACAUGAAGUCCCUGGGCCUUCCACAUCCUUCCCAGAGGGCAGUAAGAGAGGCCAAGGGCAAGGCUGCUGUAGACAGGGAUGGUCAUGGGGAGAGCAGUUCCAGAGGUUCCUGGCUUUACACUAUUUUGCAUUUGCACGAGGACCCCUGAAACCAAACCCUCAUAUAAGCUGCCAGUUACCUCUACACAAUCACAGGAACUUCCACCUGAAGUGGUAUAGUCCAGACACUAGGUCUAAUUCAAAAGUUAUACAUUUCAUCAUAGUGGCAGGCUAGGGAAGCAGCUUAGGGCACUUUCAAUACAUUUUAGUGAAGUAACCAUGUGGAAAUGAAACCCAGGGACGUGCCAACAAGAAACUCCAACGAAACAAUUAUGCAGGGCAAAUAGCUGGGUCUUUGCAGGAGUGAAAUAUUCCUCAUCAGGGAGAGGGAGACUGUGGCUUCCAGGUGUUGUUAGAUGGCUAAAUGCCCUCUGUCCCAGUCAGUAUGGCCAAUGGUCAAAAACUAUGAUAGUCUAGCAACCUCUGGAAGUACAGGGGUUCCCCAUCUCUAUGCUAAAGGGAUCCAUUCAAGCUGAGGAUCUCAAGACACAUCAUUUUGAUGUCACAAGCCAAGGAAGAAUUAAUUUAGGAACAACCUUGGUUUUAAUUUACUUUACAUCCAUAUAUCCUGGGGCUUUCCUCAAUAAAGAGCUCAUUUUGCCCAGUGACUCUAGGUUAAUGUAAGUCGGACAUGUUUAUGCUAGUUUCUGGGUGUAGGAGCUUUUUGGAGUCACAAGUGGUACAGGGAUAUUCAUGGGCACAUGCAUAUUUUUAUAAGCGCAUUUACCUAACCUGUAUUUAUCCACUUUCAAAAUGUAUUUUCUGUUCUUACCUAACAGCCUAUAUGCAGCUCUCAUUCAGGCAUUGAUUCAAAAACACUGCAUCAAGUGCUCCCAGACAACUGGAGGAAUGUUCUUAUUUUCUUACGGGCAAACUAGAUGAGAUUCUAUCUACGCAGUUUACAAUUGUGUUACUUUUUUUUUAAAAGUAAAUGGCAGACAUAAGUCCCCUGACUUUAGCCCUUUGCCCUCCCCCUAUAUUUCUGAUCCAUACUCGGGGGGGGGGGCACAUACCUGCAUUUAAAUGUAAAAAAAUGUGAAUUAUGUUGCAUCUUGUUCAGCACCUUUGCUUCUUUUCAGAUUGCAGACACAUUGAGCUAAUGUUUUCAGGAGACAUCCCCAAAGAAUUCUCAGCCUAGGUUAUCUCAAGAAUCACCUUUCUUCAUAUGAAACCUGUCUUAACAUCUUCGUCUUCUGAGGCCCUGCUCUAAGGUCCCUCACCACCACAGGGCCUUUUCAGAUCUGGAAUAACAUGCCAAGGGGGUUCACCUGCCCCCUUUGUUGUUUGCUUUCAGAUAGGCAGGAACCUUUUCAGAUUACUCUCCUUGAAUUUCAUCUUCCUGUUAACUUUUUAGUGUUUUGCACUACAAUCCUAUACCUACCUAAAUGAGUGUAAGCUGUCUUGAACUCAGAGGGGCUUACUUUUGACUAAAAAGAUGUAGGUUUGUACUGUUAAUAUCUUUAAGAUUGUUAGUUUGGCAGCUUACGUUUGCUGCUGUAUUGAUCCCCUCCCCAAGAAGUUGAAAGUCAAAUGUGAGGCUUCAACUGUGUCAGUUUUAUUUCUGGUGUACAAGUUAUUCUCUUUAACUGAUAUCCAAACACACAAACAUAGUACCGAAGAAAUAUUUUCAUGUUCCUUUUGCUGUCCAGUUUGUUAAAAGUUUAGAAAUACGUUGUCAGAACAUGACAGUUUUCAGAGAUCCAGAGGGCUCCAAUAGGAGAAGAGACUUCCUUAUUCACUUUAAUGCUAGUGUGAAUUUGCUGUAUUGAUUUAUAUCUAUCUAUCUAUCUAUCUAUCUAUCUAUCUAUCAUAUUCAGAGAACCUUAUUUAACAAGGCAGGGUAUGAAUAUUGAACAUCGAUGAAUAAUGGUUUCCAUUUCUAUUUUCUGUACUGCAGGAAGGACAAGGAUGA